AUGUCAAAUGGUUUUUUAUAUUUUUUUCUUUCCAAAAUUUCAGAACCUAAUGUCAUAGUACCCGAAGGACUUAAAGAUGUGCCAACAUUAAGUUAUUUUGGAUAUAUUAUAUCUUUGCUUUCUAAUGAGGGUCCUGACAAACUUUGGGAAAAUUCACAAAAAGUUCUUGAGAAAGAAGGAAUUGGAAAAGUUUGGUUCAAUGGAGCAUGGCAUAUCAUUACAACCGAUUUGGGACUUACAAAAGAUGUAUUUACGAGAGCAGAUUUGUUUCCUAAACCAUCGAUCGAAGAAUUGUUUCCCGGAUCUUUAUUGGCUA